AUGGCCUGCCUGCAGUCUCACCAUUAUAUAGAGUCAUCUUCAAGCACGACCUCGAAUAUGAUCGGCCGUAACUGGCGCAUCUGCAACUGGAUUGGUGACCUACACAUAUUCAACCACAACUGCGAUCCCUCCACCUGCAACCUAAUUGCGGCUCCGUACCCGCUGGGACAUUUCACGCUUGAGAUCAGCUGUAGUUCAGAUUCCGGAGACGAUACGGACGCGGCGGGCACGAGGUUUUCUCAAUUGCGCCACGGCUUCAACUUAUCCUUCGACAACGGAAGAAGCCCAUUGAAAGCGCUUCCGCCCAAUACAAGGAUGGAUGGAAGUCCUCGGGACCCCAAUCGCAAAGCUUCGGCGCACUUUCCUUCGUCCCCAUCGAAGAGACCCGCUCGAAAGCCGCCCGUACCAAAAUGGGUGGAACAACUCACCAUUGCAUCGCCUUCAACAGGAGCAAUAGGAUUGUAUGGCCAGGUGCUUCGCGCCGCCUCGCCGCCUAAGCGAUGGAAUGGCACCGCUAAAGAGACGGAUGAACAACCCAAAGGUGUGGGGGACAUGAUUGAGCCGUCCGAAGCUUCGACUAAAUCCGUCGACUUCGAUGUCCUGCGCACUAUGCAUCCCUCAGUGGUGUUCGAUCAGUCAAUUCUCAAAACUAGCAUGCUCAAUGAUUUCUGA